AACACACACACACAGACAAACACACACAUGUUCACAUGCCUGUCUCCUGCCUGCGAUUAUAGUCCAAAUCGGACUCAUUCUUGCCCACAUUCCUGAGUCGACCCCACUGCUUUGUCAGUCGUUGUUGCUCCAUUGCUGCACGACCACACGGGGCUCUGCCACGGAAAGGACUGCACUAAACUUCACCCUGGGCUUUCGAGUUUUUCUCCCGGCCAGUUUGGAGGACUGAAAUCAGAAGCUGCCUGAAGCACAUGCGGAGAGAUUUGACUAACCAGGAAUCGGUUCAUGUUACUUCCAGUGGGCUGAGCAGAGUGGCCUUGCAUCAAAUGGCUGCAACCAAACCACCCAAAGAAGUCUGAGUAGAAAUCACACAAAAGGCAUCUCUUCCACUGGAUUUUGCUUGUUUGCCCUUUUGCAUCUUUAUUUUUUAUUUGAGUAAUCUUGAGGACAUACAAGUAACAACACCAGCAAGACCUUUUUUCAGUCUAAGAUCCAAAGAUGGACCUUUUGACAGACAGUCCACGCGUGCGCUCAGACAGCAUGAGCAGCUCAGCGUCUCAGGGGUCGAGGUCCAAGAUGCUCCUCCGCCAGCGUUUGUCUCAGCUGCUGACCUGCAUAGAGGACAUGAGCUCUGACGAUGAAGCCAGUGAAGAAGUGUCCCGCACGCUGGAUGAAGCAUUUCAGCUCUGUGGGCGCUUCAUUCCCACAGAUGCAUUCAGACUGCACAUGGUGACCUGGAACGUGGCCACAGCGGAGCCUCCUGAAGACGUCACCUCUCUGCUGCAACUAGAGGUCCAGCCCCCCACAGACCUCUAUGUGAUUGGCCUGCAGGAGGUGAAUGCCACCCCUGUGAGGUUCAUCUCUGACCUGUUAGUGGAGGACUCCUGGAGCCAUGUCUUCAUGGACACACUGGCACCCAGAGGCUUCGUCAAGGUCACAUCAAUGAGGAUGCAGGGUUUGCUGCUGCUGGUUUUUGCCAAACAAAUUCAUCUCCCCUACAUCAGAAACAUUCAGACCACCUACACUCGUACUGGCAUCUUUGGCUACUGGGGUAAUAAAGGAGGAGUGUCCGUGCGUUUUUCCUUCUACGGCCACAUGGUGUGCUUCCUUAACUGCCACCUAGCAGCUCACAUGAACUAUGCUCUGCAGCGUGUUGAUGAGUUUGAGUACAUCCUGGAGGCACAAGACUUUGACAUCUCUGACACCCCACAUGUCCUGGACCACAAGGUGGUGUUCUGGUUUGGCGACUUGAACUUCCGUAUCGCAGACCACGGCUUGCACUUCCUCCGCUCUUCCAUCAACAGCGGACGCCUUAAUUUGCUGUGGAACAAAGACCAGCUCCUCAUGAUGAAGAAGAAGGAACCUUUCCUGCAGGAAUUUGAGGAAGGGCCAUUAAAUUUUAAACCCACCUACAAGUUUGACCGUAAUUCUGAAACUUAUGAUACCAGCACUCCGAAGAGAUGGUUGGGUUUUAAUGGCAAGAAGAGGAAACCGGCCUGGACGGAUCGGAUCCUCUGGCGCAUCAAACCCAAAACCCCGCCAUCAGAGGAUGAUGAUGAGAAGGCAUCGACUUCUACUGAUGAUGGACUCGAUGAGUAUCCACUCCUGGUCACUCAGGACAAAUACACCAGUGACAUGAGCUACGGAGUCAGUGACCACAAACCUGUCAUUGCAACCUUCAGUCUGGAGUUGAGGAAGUGCUUUGACACUCCAAUGGUGCACAUAUCUACUGUGGGUGUAUGGAGUGCCGACCACGAUGCACUUCUGAACUACACCAUCCAAGAGGACUUCAUGUCCUCCACAUGGGACUGGAUUGGCCUGUACAAGGUGGGAUUCAAGAGUGCAUCCGAUUAUGAAACCUUUGUUUGGGUUAGAGAGGACGAGUUGCCAGAGACAAAUGAAGUCAUACAGAUAUCUGUAGAUAAGGAUGAGAUCCCUCUGCUAGGUGGACAGUAUGUUUUGGGUUACUACAGUACAAACAUGCAAAGCAUCAUCGGCCUCAGUGCCAACUUCCAGAUCCUGGAGUCAAAGCGUGCCAUCAUGGAAGGCCUUGUUCCUGAGAACAUCAAUGGGCUCAACAAAUAAGAACCAAUUCACUGCAGUGCCACAUCUUAUUCCUCUCCCCUGGAAAUUCACACAGAAUUGAUUCAGACUUUCAAAUGCCCCAAGAUCAACUACAUCAUCUACUGGAUAAGCUGACUCAGUUGUUAAAUAAUGGCCACCACACUGUGCCAUCAAUGGACUGGAAACUUCAAUUUGUUGUUUACAACGUUGCCUUUAAGGAGUUCACCUUAAGUCAGUUUCACUCUCGCUGGAACAGUUUCUCUACAAAAAAGGUUUAUCACUGUAAUGAGUAGACGCUCAGCUUAUCCACAGGCCUGUUUUGCCUGUUAAAGCAGAAAAUACAGGAAUAAGUUAAGUUUUGUUUUUGAAAAUAGUGGACGUGCACUGCCGGUCAAUACAGUCCUUUGUCAAAUUGUAUUUGAAAAUACAUUUUUAUGUUUUGGUUUGGUCUACAUAAGUGCCAGUGCAGAUGGUUGUACAAUAAGUGGAAGAAAGAUCUGCCAAUCAUAAAGAACCAUUGUAUAGAAAAUUCUAUGUUGAUGCAGGCUGUUUUACUUUAUCUGUACAGUGUCAAUGCAGAAAGAUGCUUCUGGUAAAUGAUAGGGAUGCACGAUAUGCUAACCCUAUCAAACGUUUUGCUGUUACGUCCACACCAGCGAUGACAUGUUCGGCUCUCUAGUCUACACUGCGUGGUUCUACCCAGGUGCAGCAGUUUGAUGUCAUGAGCUCGACAACAGCUGCUGCCAGGUUAGGUCAAUGAAAGCAAUGUUGGCUUUGUAUGAUCAGCUCUAUUUAUCAGCUAUAAUUUCAUUAUCGGAAUAAUACAUAAUAAUAAAUAAUAAAUUAUCAACCGAUAAUUUAACGGCACAAUAUAUAUUGUGCAUCCCUAGUAAUUGAGUAAUUGACUGACCAAUCUUAAUGCUAGUUGACAAGGAAAGUCCAAGUUAAGUGUAUGGACGGAAGAGCAAAACCAAACAUUAUUUUGUUGGCAUUUUCACUUUGAAAUUGAAAUUGUCUCUUCACAAUAUAAAUCAGUAGAGCCUAGAUGGACUUCUGUUUUUCUCUUGAUUAAAAUGUGUUAAACCCCCCAAAAUGAAAAUUAGCAGCUGACUGUGAAAGGUCAUUGACAUAUAAGAAGUAUUUCUACGUAAAGUAAAUGACCAAUAGCUCAGGUCUGUAACCUGUAA